AUGGCCGAAACCACUCGAGGAGUCGUCGAGGCGAGCGAAGGGGUCCGGCUGAAUGAAUGGACGACAAACAGACUCAGCGCGGUCCCCAACUACACUUAUUGCCGCCUACCUCGCGGCGAUUACGUGCGCUAUCUCGUCCUGAACAGCGGCGUAGGAGACGAGCCCCUGACAGCACAGCUGCACGUUGCCCGCCUGGGCAAACUAAGCAGGGCCGAGGCACUCUCGUACGUCUGGGGCAGCCAGGAGAACUUGGCCACCAUGACCUGCAACGGCAAGAAGGUCCAGAUCACGAGGAACCUCGAGCGCGCACUGCGCACAGUGCGUCUGCCGCACAAGACGCGCCGCCUAUGGGUCGACGCCGUAUGCAUCGACCAAGGGAACCUGCGGGAGCGUGGGCACCAGGUUGGGCUCAUGGGCGACGUCUAUAGCCUCGCUAAACGGGUCCUGAUAUGCAUGGGGCCCGACGAACAUGACGACGGAAAGCAUGUGGCCUCGCUUCUCCAAGACGUCGACCGCGUGAUCCAAACGGUUCUGGGCUCUGAUCUUCCUGUCGAGGACCAUGCCUUUCCAUGGCCCGAGCCUGGUAACAUGCUAGUUCAUGAUGCGCGCUGGGUGUCCUACGAUCGUCUUUGUAAAUCGGAGUGGUUUGAGAGAGGAUGGGUCGUGCAAGAAGCCGCGCUGGCACGAACAGCACAAGUCUUUUGGGGAUCGAGUCAAUUUGAUUGGGACCACGUACUCCAGACUGCCAGCUGGGAAUUGACGAGAGUUCGGCCGAUGACAGGCGAAACCAGAAGAAAUGAUUUUACCUGGUCACAUUUGAUUCCGUUUUCAACUCGGAAUGAUAUACUUGCCAGUCUGCUCGGAAUCCCAAUAAACCAGGGAAUGACUUGGCCUAUGAUACUAUCUAUCAAUCAAUCACUACGGCUGUCUGAUGAGCGAGAUCGUAUCUACGCAUUCAUCAGUUACGGCAACAAGUUUGCACUCGAUUAUUGUUUCAAGCUAGACCCAGACUAUGCUUGUUCACUCACAGAUACCUAUCUGCGAUUCGCAAAGGACUAUAUAACAACAACUGCCGACUUAACGCUCUUGAACUUCGUCAAUACAGCGCCUUCAGCUCCGGGCUCCGUUCUACCCUCUUGGGUUCCACGGUGGAAUGAGCAAGUAUCAGGAUUAACGCUGUACAACCUCAAUCUGACCAGCAGGGAUAAUUAUGCUUGGAGGCCAGAAAUUGAGCAGGACAAUAGCCUGGUGGUUCGAGGCGUCUUGGUUGACGAGAUCGAGAUCAUCAGCGAUUGCCUGCGCCGCCCAGAACAGCUGGAGCAAGAUGUACUUGCAGCUGGCUUAGCUCGGUUUUGGAACAGGAUCACAGGACUCGAGAAUAUUGAUUUCGCGUAUGGAAACGACUCACUGCACCUGGCAUUUCUCGACUGCCUCCUGAUGGGCUUCCCACCUAGUGGGCCAGCAUCCGGAUGGACAAACUCACGCAGCUCCUUUAUGGAGUUCCUGCAAGAGCUAGGGGCUGACUUUGGUGGCCGUGACAUUGGUUCCGGUUCUGGCCUCCCUGACGGCAACGUUUUAGCCACCAUGACAGUCCUUCAGCAAGUCUGCCGCGGCAGAGAGCUUGCGUUGACCAAGCGUGGCUAUUUCGCCCUUGUCCCAGAGGCUGCGAGACCAGGCGACCUCUGCUGCAUCCUUUUUGCCUCCAGUUUGCCAUACAUCCUUCGGCGUACAGGGCAAAAAGAAAGCACACACCAGUGCGUUGGACCGGCCUAUAUGCCUGGGAAGGUGUCUGGCUACUCAUCAAAGUGCGACAACUACGUGUCCUUUCACGGCUUUGGCACUGAGAAAAGUAAAGACUGGGUGGACUGGGACGUUGAAGAACAUGAUAUCCUCAUUUACUAA